GUCUGAUUGGGUUAAUUUAAAAGAGUUGUCUUUGAGCUCUGAAGUUCUUCUACUUGUUUGAUUCUGCUGUUGAAACUUUUAAGUGCAUUUUGUAUUUCUCUAAAUGUGUCUUUCAUUUUCAGACGUUGUGAUAGUUUUUUCUUUAUGAUAUCUAUUUCUCUGGAGCAUUUUUCAUCCAUACUCUGUAUUGUUUUUUAAAAUUUCUUUCUCUGGUAUCUUUUCGAGAAGCUGAAUAAUCACCCUUCUGAAUUUUUAAUCUGGCAAUUCAGAGAUUUCUUCUUGGUUUGGAUCCAUUGCUGGGAGCUAGUGUGGUCUUUUGGGGGUGUUAUAGAAACUUGUUUUGUCACAAUACCAGAAUUACUUUUCUGAUUCUUGCUCAUUUGGGUAGACUAUUUCAGUGGAACAAUCUGAAACUCAAGGGCUGCUGCUCAGAAUCUUUUGUCUCAUGGGGUGAUCCCUUGAUGUGGUGCACUCCUCCUUUCCCUAAAGAUGGGGCUCUGGCAAGCCAGACUGCAGACUGAUUGUUAUUGCUCUUCUGGGUCUAGCCACCCAGCAGUGCUACCAGACUCUAGGCUGGUGCUGGAGAAUGUCUGUGAAGAGUCCUGUGAUGCAAUUUGUCUUUAGGUCUCCCAGUUGUGGAUACCAGCACCUGUUCUGGUAGAGAUGGUAGGGGAGUGACGUAGACUCUGUGAGAGUCCUUGGUUGUAGAUAUGUUUAGAGUGCCUGCUUUCUCAAAUGCCGGUUAUGCCAGCAGUGAAGCUGUCAUGUGGACAGAUUCAGAACCACUGGUUAGCCAGGAUGUUGCAGGCAGUGGAAUUAGCUGUUAUUUUCUCCUUCCUUGGAAAAGGGUUGUUCUGUCAUGAGUUGCUGUAAUGUCCUGAGUUGGUUGGCCUCUAGCUGGGAGGUGGUGUUUUUGAGAUAGCACCAGAGUUUUUCACCUGUCUUGUGGAAUUUGCAGGGGCCUGUCACUUAUUUUAAAGGAUCUGUGAUUUGUUUUGGUUUUCCUGAUAUGCUCCUGCAGUGGUUGCUGGAGCAAAAGUUCAUGGUGUGAAUCUCCCCACACUGUUCUCUCCAUCCAAGUGGGAGCUGCACAUCAGCCCUAUCUCCUAACCACCAUCUUCCCUCUCUCACUUUUUUCUUUUUUAUUGCUGAGUAAUAGUCCAUUAUAUAGAUAUAUCACAUUUGUUUAUCCAUUCAUCAGAUGAUGGACAUUUGGGCUGUUUCCACCUUUUGUCUAUUGUGAAUACUGCUGUUAUAAAUAAACACUAGUGAGAUAAUACUUUACGUCUAUUUGACUGACAAAAAUUAAGACAGACAAUACCAAGUACUGGAGAGAUCUAUUCAAGGGUAUAUUGCUGAGUAGAGUGUAAAUUUGUUUAGCCAUUGGAAAAUAACUUGGUAUUGUUUUGAAAAAUGGAAAACUCAUACUCUCUAUGAUCCAGCAAUUUCAUUCCCAUGUAUAUAUCCAAGAGAAACUUUAGCAUAUAGGCACCAGAAGACAUAUACAACAGUGUUAAUGGUAGUAUUGUUUCUAAGAGUGAAAACUUGAAUCACUGAAGUGUGUAUCAACGGCCAUUUCUUUAAGGAGUUCUGCUCUAAAGGGAAGGAAAGAAAUGGUGCAGUAAUGGAGGUUGAGAAUUUUUUUUUUAAAUGGGAGAAAAAAUAGCACACUUGUAUGCUGAGGCAGUACUUCAAUGGAAAAGGAAAAAAAAUAGUAAGAAUUUCUGGAUACCCUGGUUUCUCAGACACUUAGCUUCAAUUUAUCUGCCAGUUCUGGAGGGUGCUGUAUAUACCUUCCAGUUUUAAGUUUUACCUAUGCUCACUUGCCAUUUUAAAAAAAACUUGUAUUAGGUUCAGGGUACAUGUGCCUGUUUGUUAUACAGGUAAAUUGUGUGUCACUGCAGUUUGGUGUACAGAUUAUUUCUCCACCUAGGUAAAAAGCAUAGUAUCCGAUAGGUGGUUUUUCAGUCCUCACUCUCCUCCCUUCCUCCACCCUCAAGUAGGCCCCAGAGUCUGCUGUUUCCUUUUUUGUGUCCAUAUGUCCUCAAUGUUUUGCUCCCACUUGUGAGAACAUAUGAUAGUUGGCUUUCUGUUCCUGUGUUGGUUAACUUAGGAUAAUGGCAUCCACCUCCACCCAUGUUGCUGUAAAGAACAUGAUCUUGUUCUUUUUUAUGGUUGCAUAGUAUUCCAUGGUGUAUAUGUACCACAUUUUCUUUAUUCAGUCUACUGUUGAUGGGCAUUUAGGGAAGAUUCCAUGUCUUUGCUAUUGUGAACAGUGCUGCAAUAAACAUGGGAGUGCGUUUUUUUUACAGUAGAAUGAUUUAUAUUCCUUUGGAUAUAUACUCAAUAAUGAGAUUGCUGAGUCAAAUCAUAAUUAUGCUUUGUGUUCUUUGAGAAAUCACCAAACUGCUUUCUAUAAUGACUGAAGUAAUUUACAUUCCCACCAGCAGUGUAUGUGUUCCUUUUCUCUGCAACCUUGCCAGCAUCUGUUGUUUUUUGACUUUUUAAUAAUAUUCAUUCUGACUGGUGUGAGAUGGUAUCUAAAUGUGGUUUUGAUUUGCAUUUCUGUAAUGAUGAGUGAUGUUAAGCAUUUUUUAUAUGCUUGUUGCAUGUCUGUCUUCUUUUGAGAAGUGUCUGUUUAUGUCCUUUGCCUUUUUAAUGAGGUUUUUUGCUCAUUGAUUUGUUUAAAUUCCUUAUAGAUUCUGGAUAUUAGACCUUUCUUGGAUUCAUAAUUUGAAAAUAUUUUCUCCCAUUCUGUAGAUUGUCUGCUUACUCUGUUGAUAGUUUAUUCUGCAGUGCAGAAACUCUUUAGUUUAAUUAGGUCCCAUUUGUCAAUUUUUGUUUUUGUUGCAAUUGCUUUUGGCAUCCUCAUGAUGAAAUCUUUGUUAGGUCCUAUGUCCAGAAUGGUAUUUCCUAGGUUACCGUCUAAGGUUUUUAGUUUUAGGUUUUACAUUUAAGUCUUUAAUCCAUUUCGAGUUGAUUUUUGUAUAUGGUAUAGGAAGGGGGUCCUGUUUCAUCUGUAUAUGGCUAGCUAGUUAUCCAAGCACCAUUUAUUGAAUGGGGAGUCUUUUGCCCAUUGCUUGUUUUUAUCAACUUUGUUGAAGACCAGAUGGUUGUAGGUCAUUCUUAAACUGCUGGAUUAAAUAAGAGCACAUUAACUGAGUAUCCAAAGUUAUUUUUUAUAUCUCUUAUACAGAAUUCGAUUGGUCCAUCCAUCAUAUCACUAUAGAAAUCAGAUCCAAGUUACCAUAUGUGUUCAGUCACAGGUUAUUAUACAGCAGUCAAAAUGAAUGAAUUACAUGCAACAUGUAUUAAGAACAUAUGAAUGCAGUUACAUGCAACAACAUGGAUUAAUAUAGCAACAAAAUGUUGAAUAAAAAGGCAAGUUGAAGACUACAUGUAGUAUUAUAUCCUUUUUAGAAUAUUUAAAUACAAGCAAAAUUAAACAAUGUUACUUAGACAUACUAUGUAUGUGAUAACACAAAUGUGCAAGAACAAAAUUCAGGACAAUGACUACCUCAGGGAGGACAGUAUGAGAAGAAAAGGAGCACACAGAUCUAAAUCACUGGUAAUUUUCUAGUUCAGUGUUUCUCAAACUUUAAUGUGCAUCAGAAUCACCUUAAAAUCUAAAUUACUGGGCCCUACCCUCAAGAGUUUCCUGAUUCAGUACGUGGGGGAUGGGGCCUAAGAAUAUACAUAUCGAACGAAGUUCCAGGUCCUGCUAGUUCUGCUGCUCUGGGGACCACACUCUGAAACCACUUGUAGUUCUUAGAUUGGGUUGUAGGUUCAUAGCUGCUCCAUUUUAUUAUAAAAUGUAUAUGCUACUUAAAUUAAACGAAAAAAAAAAAAAAGAUCAAAGAUGAGAGUGUGUUAUGAACCAGGGAUUAACAUUAAUUCAAUUCUGGGCUCCUAAGGUUUCCUCCCCUAAAAAAAAUUCUAAGGUUCCAUUACUAAAAGCAAACUUGAAAAACACUAUUUUAAAAGAACUUCAAGACCAUUAAAAAAUUAACUAUUUUUGAGAAAUAAAUUUGAAAAUUAUUCUUUAUAUGCACAGUGACAGCAUAUUGCACUCUACUUUCCUGGAUCUCAAUAAACUUUGGCAAGAACUUGGCAGAUCACAAAUCUACUUUUGUUGAUUCAACAAAAACUGUUUAAAGACUUCUCUUCCAUUCUCAGUUCUUAUCCUUCUCUCAAAAUGCUGUAGGUAAUGAUUUUUCAUCUUUUUUCUCUCUCCCUCCCUUACAGAUUUAGGCUCUGAGAUAAAAUUUAGGUGACAUUUUAGAUAUUGACUGGGCAUGUGCAGGGCCAUACUCUGUCUUGCAGUAUGCCAGCCACGGACGGGGUUUAGACAAACUGCUGAAUAUAAAACUCUUGCCUACAAGCAGCUCAACCUAGGGGGGAAACAGAUUCAUAAAUAUAAAAUUACAAUCCAAAGAGGUAACACAGUAUGUUAUACGAAGGCAAACAGGUUCGUCUUCUUUCAUAGCCUCUCCUAAACCCGGCAACUCCGAGCUACUCUUCUGGCAAGCCGCCGUCCGUUGGCGGCCUCUGGCGCCGCGGCUUUCGGCCUGCGGAGGGCGCAGGCGCGGGCGGGGCGGGGCCGGGCGGGGAGGGCGGUGAGGGCGGCGAGGGCGGUGAGGGCUGGCGCUCGGGGCCGCGUUUCAUUGGCUUUCCGGCCGGAAGCUGCAGCGCGACCCGGCUGCGCAUGCGCCUCUCACACGUGCUGUCAGAACACCGCCUCCUCCGCUGGCGGCCGGUCUGCGCCAUGCUGCGAACGUCCGUCCUCCGGCUGCUAGGACGCACGGGGGCUAGUAGGCUCUCUCUCCUGGAGGACUUCGGCCCACGCUACUACAGUUCGGGCUUCCUCAGUGUCGGCGAUGAUGCUUGUGAUGCGCGCGCCUACUUCACUACACCCAUUUUCUACGUGAACGCGGCGCCGCACAUCGGGCACCUGUACUCGGCACUACUGGCGGACGCCUUAUGCCGCCACCGUCGCCUCCGAGGUCCCAGCACGGCGGCCACGCGAUUCUCCACUGGUACCGACGAGCACGGGUUGAAGAUUCAGCAGGCAGCAGCUACUGCGGGCCUGGCCCCGACCGAGCUGUGCGACCAAGUCUCUGAGCAGUUCCAGCAGCUUUUCCAGGAGGCCGGUAUCUCCUGCACUGAUUUCAUCCGCACCACGGAGGCCCGGCACCGGGUGGCUGUGCAGCACUUCUGGGGGGUGCUUAAGUCCCGCGGUCUGCUCUACAAGGGCGUCUAUGAAGGUUGGUAUUGCGCCUCCGACGAGUGCUUCCUGCCUGAGGCCAAGGUCACCCAGCAGCCGGGCCCAUCGGGGGAUUCGUUUCCUGUAUCUCUCGAGAGCGGGCAUCCAGUCUCCUGGACCAAGGAAGAAAACUACAUUUUCAGGCUUUCCCAGUUCCGGGAGCCACUCCAGCGGUGGCUGCGGGGCAACCCUCAGGCGAUCACCCCCGAACCAUUUCAUCACGUAGUUCUUCAGUGGCUGGACGAGGAGCUGCCCGACCUGUCCGUGUCUCGCAGAAGUAGCCACUUGCACUGGGGCAUUCCGGUGCCCGGGGAUGAUUCGCAGACCAUCUAUGUAUGGCUGGAUGCCCUGGUCAACUACCUCACUGUAAUUGGCUACCCAAAUGCUGAGUUCAAAUCUUGGUGGCCGGCCACCUCUCAUAUCAUAGGUAAGGACAUUCUCAAAUUCCAUGCCAUCUAUUGGCCUGCCUUCCUCUUAGGGGCCGGCAUGAGCCCGCCACAGCGCAUCUAUGUCCAUUCCCACUGGACAGUCUGUGGCCAAAAGAUGUCCAAGAGCUUGGGCAACGUGGUGGAUCCUAGGACUUGCCUUAACCGCUAUACUGUGGAUGGCUUCCGCUACUUUCUCCUUCGGCAGGGCGUCCCCAACUGGGACUGUGACUACUAUGAUGAAAAGGUGGUUAAGUUGCUGAACUCCGAGCUGGCAGAUGCCUUGGGAGGUCUCUUGAACCGAUGCACUGCCAAAAGAAUAAAUCCUUCUGAGACCUACCCAGCCUUCUGCACUACCUGCUUCCCUAGUGAGCCAGGGUUGGUGGGGCCAUCAGUUCGGGCUCAGGCAGAGGAUUAUGCUCUGGUGAGCGCAGUGGCCACUUUGCCAAAGCAGGUAGCAGACCACUAUGAUAACUUUCAGAUAUAUAAGGCUCUGGAGGCCGUGUCCAGCUGUGUCCGGCAAACUAAUGGUUUUGUCCAAAGGCAUGCACCAUGGAAGCUGAACUGGGAGAGCCCAGUGGAUGCUCCCUGGCUGGGUACUGUGCUUCAUGUGGCCUUGGAAUGUUUGCGAGUCUUUGGGACUUUGCUGCAGCCUGUCACCCCAAGCCUAGCAGACAAGCUGCUGUCCAGGCUGGGGGUCUCUGCCUCAGAGAGGAGUCUUGGAGAGCUCUAUUUCUUGCCUCGAUUCUAUGGACAUCCAUGCCCUUUUGAAGGGAGGAGGCUGGGACCUGAAACUGGGCUUUUGUUUCCAAGACUAGACCGGUCCAGGACUUGGCUGGUGAAAGCCCACCGGACCUAGAAACUCAGUUCUUACCGGCUUGUGGUAAAAAAGCAAAUGUGUUAUUUUUUUAUUUCUUAUUUUCAGGAAAGUUAUACUAGUAUUUUCUUAAGUGUGGAAUCAAAUGAGCACAUAAGCUGUGUCCCUGUGAAAAGAGGUUUGUAGCCUUUCAGGUGCCUACUUCUAUUCUUCAUUUCUCUGUGACCAUUGAUCACUGUCCUUUGUGCAUUGUGUGUCUUAAGAUGUCUUCAGGGGAAAGAUGGUUAAGAGACAGUGUUGCUAAUGCUGUUCCUUCUUUGUGCCUCCUUCCAAACCACAGUUAUUUGCCCAAACUACCUCUCGUGGCUGGUUUUUCAUUGGCCUGGCCUCUGCUUCUCAGGCUAAUUAGUGACUCCUUUGAGAGUCAGGGUUGGAGGCCCCUUACUGGGGCUUUUACAGGGGGAUCCUACUUUGUUACACAUGUUGGGUUUCCUGAUGAAAAGAGAGUAUUUUAUUAAACCUUUUAACCAGUGUCCUAGACCAGAUGAUUUUUGCCCAUGUGCAUCCCCAUUUAAAUUCCUCCAACUAAGGCUCCCUGCUUUGUUAAUAGUCUUAACAGUUGGGUUGUGUAACAUCACACUUCAACCGGUAGAUGGCUCUAAUCUCACACAUUUAAUUACUAAAGAUUGAGGAUUCAGAAUAUUUAGAAUAAAUUAGUUUUCUGCUUUCUAAUUUUGCAGAUCUUUACAUUUUUAUUGCUUUUCUUAAAAUAAGGGAUAGCUUUGCAACCACUAUUGUUUUAAUGGAAAGCAAAAAAACCCCCCAAACUUAUCAGAAUCCUCGUUCUUUUUCAGACUACUGAAAAAUGACAUUUACUCUGUUAAAUGUUUAAUAAGUGAAUAAGUAAAUGUAUCAAGUUGUUUAUAUAAUAAAUUAUAAAACUCUUGAGGCACUUGGUAUGUUAAAAAUUUUAAACCUUAGUAACAUUAGGUUACAGGUAUGAUUUAAAAAUUUGUAAAUAGUUCAAAAGGGCAAUGUUUUCUUUAUAUUUCUUAUAGUCUUAAUUUUGUUAUCCAUGUACAUAAUUUACCUCAUGAUUUAUUUUGGUCAAUCAGGAUCUAUAAUACAAUAUAGAAAUUGUGUAAUAGUUACUACAAAUGUUAAUACACAACUUUCAGGUAAUUUUAACUGAUUAUUUCUUUUGCUCUUUUAACUUAAGUUAUUAAAGUUUAAAAGUUUGUAAGUACCUUA